AUGAGCACAAUUCAAAAUCUCAAGAAUUUCAUACGUCAUGGCAAACAAGCCCGUCUCGUCACUCCCCAUGCCGAACCCACCACCGACGUCUCGCCCAUUCAUGCAGAGCAGCAACGCCAACCACAGGGGUCUUAUCCUCCCGCUGCUGGAAAUCUCGAUGCGAUCGAUAGCAAAUUAGGCCAUGUCCAGCAACAACAACAACAACAACCACAACCACAAACACAAACACAACAGACAUCCCCUGAUUCCCAAUCCAAACACGGCCGUACCGCCGAACUCGAACAAAUUGUCGCAGAAGAGCGCAGCAGCAGGACAAAGAUGCCCGUAUACCCCGGUCUCGAACGAUGGGUUUUGCUGGAGAAGAUGGGUGACGGUGCCUUCAGUAACGUUUACCGCGCAAAGGAUACCAUGGGCGAAUAUGGCGAGGUGGCCAUUAAAGUCGUGCGCAAAUUUGAAAUGAACAGCAACCAGCGCGCCAACAUCCUGAAAGAGGUUCAGAUUAUGCGACAGCUGGACCACCCCAACAUCGUCCAACUGAUCCAUUUCUCCGAAUCGCGCCAAUACUACUACAUUGUCCUGGAAUUGUGCCCCGGAGGUGAACUGUUCCACCAGAUCGUGCGCCUCACCUACUUCAGCGAAGAUCUGAGCCGUCAUGUCAUCCUUCAAGUCGCCAAGGCCAUUGAAUACCUCCACGAAACGUCGGGAGUCGUCCAUCGCGACAUCAAACCCGAAAACCUGCUCUUCUACCCUGUCCCCUUUGUCCCCAGCAAGAACCCACGACCGGUCCAGCCCGGAGAUGAGGAGAAGGUGGACGAAGGUGAGUUUAUCCCGGGCGUCGGCGCGGGCGGUAUUGGAACUAUCAAGAUCGCCGACUUCGGUUUGUCCAAGGUCAUCUGGGAUAGUCAGACCAUGACCCCUUGCGGCACGGUCGGCUAUACGGCUCCAGAGAUCGUCAAGGAUGAGAGAUACUCCAAGAGCGUCGACAUGUGGGCGCUGGGCUGUGUGCUCUACACCCUCCUUUGCGGUUUCCCUCCGUUCUACGACGAAAGCAUUCAGAUUCUGACCGAAAAGGUCGCUCGCGGCCAGUACACCUUCUUGUCCCCCUGGUGGGACGACAUCUCCAAGUCGGCUCAGGACCUCAUCUCGCACCUGCUCACGGUGGACCCGGAGAAGCGCUAUACCAUCAAGGAAUUCCUGGCCCAUCCCUGGAUCCGCCAGACCGACGAAGCGACCGAGGCCGCCGCCGACGCCCCGCCACUCGCCACGCCGCUCUCGACUCGUCAACAAGCCAAACAGCCGCUCGAUGCAUUCUCCGCGGAUCAGGCCCCGUACGCACCGGCCAGUGCUCGCCUGCUGGGCCCGGCAUCCGCCAAUCUGGACCGCCUCAUGGACUUUCGGUCCCCCGGCGCGAUCAACCUGCGCGAGGUGUUCGAUGUCGGUUACGCGGUCCACCGGCAAGAGGAGGAAGGCAAGCGCCGCAAGAAUUUCCGACAAGGCUACCGGGGUGCCAAUCCUACCACCGGCUUCCAGUCGGCGCUGAAUCCACUGAACGAGGACUUUGACGACGAGGAUGACAUCACCUUACGGCGAGCCCAGAAUGACGCGUAUCCCCAGUCGAAGAUCCCCAAGGCGUCCCAGCACGCCGGUGAUGUGGCCGCUAUGGAGGCCAAACUGCGCACGACGAACCUGGGCGCUCCCAGCCAUGCUGCGCAAGCUCGGCAGCAAAACCAACCUCGACAGGCGCAGGGCUACGGGACCCACAGCGCCAACGUUGCGGCGGCAGCGAAGCAGAGCAUCGGCCGACACUCGCGGCAACCGUUUGAGCUGAGUCUGACCAACGCAACUCUACUUGAAAAGAGAGGCCGACGACAACAAGGACAACCCGUCGUGUAA